CGCGCAGCGGCCGGCCAGCCUACUAAUUAGUUGCGCGGAGGCGGCAGAGAAAAGCUGAUCUCGAUCUCGUCCAGAUCCAGUCCAGAUGCAGUGGAGCUUCGCUUUCAACUAGCGCUGAGUCAGCGGCGCCCUAGCUGGCACAGUCCCACGUCCUCAGCAGCGACGGGGUCAACGAUGCGACCUCCGGCUAGCUAUAGAUAGCUAUGAGAUUCUUACAGCGAGCAAUGGGCAGCUAGAACUCGUUUGAGAUCUCCGUCUAUCAGCUAAGAAAGAGGUAGCUAGCUGCGAGGAGCAGUACUAUGGCUGUGUUUUUGCUUUGGUCAAAGCGUAUGGACUUGACAUGGAGUGUGUUCGUAUUGACGGUGCUGGCUGUACAUUCUAUGGCCGUGAGGUGGAACUUAGCUCUGGCUAGCCCAGACACUGUGGAACAGGCGUACAGCAGUACCCGAGAGCUGAGAGGAACUACCGACAACAACACCAGCACUGAUAACAGUGGGAGCAAUGGCGGGGAAGAAAGGUCGGCCAUUAUCGAUUCUGUGUAUAUACAUGUCCGUUGAGUGUUCCUCCAAUAAAAUGCUAAUCUAAAGGUGUACGAUGGCCACUGUCCGCCAAAGCACCCGAUAAUGUAGGAUAAUACAACACAGUCUCCACCAUUGUGUAUUGUAUAUAUAUUCUGUGGAUAGUAUCUUUUGUCUCUGCCAAUGUACACGGAAGAAUGCAGCUCUUUGUUGGCAGUAACUAAGUAUGCAUUCAAAAUCCGUCUAUGUAUAUAGUGCCGAUUCACAGGCCAGGUGGCCUUUAUAGCUGCCGGGCUGAAUGGAACUGUACUGACUUUGCUCAAGGGUCUAAUAAAACACCGCUUGUACGUUGUGCUCAAGGCAAGCCGUGGUUAGGUCAGAGUGAAAACACACUUAGGAGCGCUGCAUACCUAGACAGCUGAGCUGCAGGCAAGAGCUGGGCGAGUAUCGACUGGUCCAAGCCACACUUCAUUGCCUGCUUUUGGAUAUUGGCAAACAACUUGGCCGCUUUCCAGGGGCACAAUGCAGCAUCACUUUCACUUUUGAAGAAGAGUUUCCCAUAUUAUAGUAAACGUCUAUACACAAGGGAGUAUAUAUAUCAAGUUUGAGAUAGUUGUGCAACGUGAUAUGCUAAGUAUGCACUGCGAAAUUAAUUUGCUCAACACUAUUAGGGAGCUUUGCUCAGUUAUGCUACCGUACAUGCACUUCUACCUUUUUGGCUCUGUGUAAUGAUAAUACACUCAUGCAGUGGAAGGCUUUUGUGAACUAUAGCCAUACCGUGUGGGUAAUUAACUGGCGGAAUGUAAUGACUCUUUACCAGUUGCUCGGGAAAACCAGUCACCUGCCAAAGAAUAUGUGUGGCACCAUGCAUACACACACAAACACACACAUAAGUGGGCGCAAUGUAUGUGUGGCCCCGCUGGAGGGUCUAAUUUGCAUUUCUUUGUCAAAAUGUUUACAUUUUUGAAUUGUCUCAUUGGCCUAAUAAUGCUAGUUGGAUGUGAAUUCAUCAUAAUUCGGCGUUCCUCUAGUCCUAAUGUGAUUAAUUUGUCGAUAUUUGGCCCCAGACGAGUCAUUUUCUGGCUGAACUUCGACUGGCAUUAGCCCUCACCUCGGUUCAGGCUACUGAACUGCCCAUGAGGCAAACAAAGAUUGUACGCGUGAAAAGUUCGAUAAUUUGGCAUCGCUUGUCUAGCUUCAGGUCCUUCCUUCAAGCUGGCACAAACAAAAAAAUUGUGGGGAAUGUAUAUAUAUACUUAGAGUGUUUGCUGAGUCAUAAAGAUGUUUGGAUUAUAUAUAUCUCCCUCUGGCUGGAAUAUUGUUUCUAUUGAUCUGCUAAUGUUGAGGCUAUUUCCUACUGUUAGUGCUCUAGGCUGGGUUAUUGUUGAAUUGGCAAAUAGACUAGACCCACUGACCACAGCUGGAAGUAUACUGCCAGGAUUUCAGCUCAUAAAGCCUACGAAUAAUUAGUACAGAGCAGUCAAGUGCCCUCUAACAAGGUGUACGGGGCUUACUUGGAGUGUUCAAACAGAUAAUCUCCACCGGUGGACAUAAAAAAUUGGAGGAAGCCGACUUUAUUAACUAUCGUAAACCACUUGAGCUGUUUACGUGUGUUUCACAGAUUAUGACUUGACUUACGUAAUUAUGUAAUAGUGCAAUGUGUACAAACAUGAGUUGUGCACCCAAAAUGCACGCACACACAAAUGUAUAUAAGUGAGUUGGACUGGCUGGGGCGUCACUGGUACAUGUUCAUCGUGUUCCUGGUGAUGGUCAUCGUCGUGUUUGUCCUGCUGUGUGGCUGUCUCUUGCGACGAGGCAGGCUCAGCUCUGCUGACUACCCUCUCCACAUCAACCAGAAUGGCAGCCGCUAUACUCCGCACACCAAUGCUCUUCACCCUCCACUGCUCACGGACUCACAAUCUCUUCAGCCAGUUACCCACCAGCACACACCUGCCGGCAGCUCAGCCCACACCGAAUCCAGAUACACAGAUACAUCCUUCACGGCUCCCCCUCUCUCCUCUGCCCCCAUCAGAGCAGGCGGUCCCUUACUGCCAGCCACCUCUCGAUCGAACCCUCCCCCCAUCUCAUCCAGUGAGUCACCCUGGUCCUUCAUCCAGAUUGUCGCUAAGGACAGGGGCUCCUUGAGAGUGGGGGACACGAGCGACGCCACGAGGGAGGAAAGGAGGAGGAGAGGAUCACGGCAGAAGUCACAUCAUCACCACCGUCACUAUUCUCGCGAUCAUCACCAUGGGCACCACUCCCCAAACUACUGGCAGAGGAGACAGCGCCACAAGUAUCUCACCAACCCUCUGGCCAAGGUAAAUGGAGUGCUGGAUGACAGUGGGGCUUCCCUGUGCUCCGUUCCCUCCACAUCGGGCUCCGUGCCGUCUGACCAGUCCUCAAACCGGUCUGACCACUCCAGCUGCUCUCGCUCGCAAAAUUCCACCGUCGUUGAGGUGAAUGUGAAUGUUCGCCUGAGUCCUGACCAGUUGGAUAGGUCAAAGGCCGUCGCCAUGGCAGCCCUGGCAGAGUCGGCAAGACAACUUGCUGAGUCAGCAGCUAACUUGGGCUUCUCCAACGAGGUGCAAACGUGUACCAGGUCCCUCUCUCACUCCCCGUACCCCCGCCCACGUCAAUCCCACCGUCACCCUCGUCACUCAGUCACAGGAGCACCCCUCACCACCUCACACCCUCCACCCUCCCUAGAUCACGGCAGUCCCAUAUUUCACUGCCAUUCUUCCUCCCACCUCCCCCCUCUCUCCCCCUCCCUUCGCCUCGCCGGAGACCCACGCUCAUCCUCUCCCCAUUCUCGAAUGGAGAGAAAGUGUUCCCAUCACUAUAGCCCCUCGUCUCUGCUCAUGACUAGUACAGGAGGACGUACCACAGAGGACGAAGGGACAGUUGUUAGUUUGGAUCACCACUCUUCGUCUUCCAGCUGCCACUGCUCCUCCAUGGUCGUCCACGAACAGGGUCAGAGGUCAGUUUUAACCCAGUCCCCACUAGGAAAGGCGGGAGACACGGUAGUGAAUUUGGAUCGGUAUUCGAGUGCCGGUGCUCAUGAUAGCGAUGCUGAUGUAACAGUAGUCAGUCUGGAUCGAACCGAGCGUUCAACUGCAGUAGAUUACCACCACAACCUCAGAUCUAUGAAUUACGACCUCCACGGACUACCUGCAACUGAUGUCAGCAACUCUGUAUGUCACCUUGAAGGUGGCAGAGAUCCUCCAAACACUAGUCCUGACCCUAGCAGCCGCUCUCACAAAUCAAGAUUUCAAUCGCAACCCACAGCUCACCUUAAUCUAGACAGUCAAAUAGAGGGCACCCCCUCGUUAAAACAGGGACCCCGAUUAGCUACUCACAGGGACGAUCGCCACGUCAUGAAUGGAUUUUCCUACCAUCCCCACGUGUCUCUACAGGCAUACCCUCAAAGCCCCAACCUAUCUCUUCGCCAGCAACUCCAGAACAUCAGCGAGCAGGGAGAGAGCGAAUGUGUCCACUCGACUGAUAACUUUGAGCUUGGAGACAACAGUUUCGUCCACUACGACAGAGGCAAGACAGGGGAGGUUUCUGGGGGUCUGAGAAAGUUAGCAGAACCCGAUCUGCUGCUAGGAGUCAAGAAAAUGACGAGAGAGAGUGA